AUGACUCUGCUAUGGCUUGUACUGUUUCUUCUUCAUCAAGGAUAUACUUUAGUUCCUGUGGUCACAGUCCAGCUCGGGGAACCUGUGACUUUGAAAUGCGUAAUGACUGAGAAGUUUGAAACUGUGACAUGGGUUCACUGGUACAAGCAAAGUGCAGGAAAUACUCUGAUAUUAAUUGCAAUGAUGCGUAAAAGUACAACUACAACGCCCACCUAUGGCCCGGGAUUCUCAAAAUCAAGAUUCCACAUAACAUAUAUUGGCAACAUCAGCAAUCUGAUCAUUUCGUCAACAGUAGAACAAGAUGAGGGAAUGUACCAUUGUGCAUAUAUGGACUGGACCGAAUCUACUUGGACUGGGACCUAUUUGUCAUUAAGAGAAAAUUCUCAGACGACUUCAAGCUUCACUGUUGUUCAGGAGCCAGCAGUUUCUAAGCCCGCCAGUGAAACAGACUUGGAAACGCUGCAGUGUUCGGUUCUCUCUGAUUCUGUAAACACAACCUGCUCAGGAGAACCCAGUAUGUUCUGGUUCAGAGCCAUAUCAGACACGUCCCAUCCAGAUUUCAUCUUUGCUGAGGGAAAAAUACCUAAAAACUGUGAAAAGACGUCAAACAAUCAGAAGAAAUGUAGUUAUAAUUUCACUAAAGCUGUCAAAUCAUCUGAAGCUGCCACUUAUUACUGUGCUGUGGCCACAUGUGGAGAGAUACUAUUUGGAAAUGGAACCAGCCUGAAUAAAGAAUCGAGUCUGUGGUCAGUGGAGGCCAUCACAGUCAUUUUCCAACUCUCCUUUCUUUUAGCCCUGAGUCUGAUAGUUAUAACCUUUCUCAUAUGCUUCACCAACACAAACAAAUGCGACCAUUUUCAAGCUACUAACCUGAAUAAAAACUCUCAAAGCAGGAAUCGGAAACGUGAAGAUAAAUGGAUGUAUUCGACUGCAAUGUUCACAAUAAAUACUGACGGUGCUGAAACAAAGAAAAUACCAAAGAUGUUCAACAUACAUUUUCACUGAUUUAUCUGGUUCAUGGUUGUUUGGAGCUACAUAUUAAAAUAUUGUUGAUGAAAUUUGAUGUAUGACUUUAAUUCAAUGAGUUUGUUUCCUGUUUGUGCAUUUUUACCUCAUGAACAUGAGCUGAAAAUUUGUUCCACUUUUAGUAACUUGAACAGCUUUAUGGUUUUAGAGCAUAGACAACUAACAUAUCAAGAAAUUAUAGGAACUUCAAAACUCAGAAAUCAGCUCUCAGAUUUCAUUUUUGUGAGUUGAUUUUCUGUGAAAUGGUGAAACCUUAAUUGAUGAUACUAACUUGUGUUGGUAGGAAUAGUUGGACAGCA